AUGGCCUUGCAGGAUUCAAUUCUGAACAAGGAGGGACGUGCGCAAAUUUGGGUGGAAACACUCGACUCAAAGACAUACAAGAUAUCGCCAGAGUUUAGAAUACCGAGAACAUGGAAGGUUUUCAACAAGGUGCUUUCUAAUUACCUCGCAUCAAACACUCCGGAACUGCACAGUACCGAUGGUAACAUAUUGAUCGAACGGGUCUCCUCAGUACAACUACCCGAGGGUAUGCAAAAGGUCCACAUUUCCCAGGGCUCACAAAUCAGUCAAGCAGAUAAAGUGGAGGAGAUGGCAAAGGAGCAAGUCUGCUUCUACAUUCCCCUAAAUGUGGAAAGUGAUGAUGUGGAGGUCUUCAAGACGAUCCUCUUUAAGGAAACUCCAAAGGAUGCAAAUCACUCGCAAAGAGUAGAAAAUGAAUGCAGUGAUGCUCCAUCCACAAGCGUAGAAGGGGAUAAAGAUGAUGAUGAUGAUGAAGAAGAAGAAGAAGAAGAAAAGGAAUCGAAAAAGAGGGCGCUAGAAAAGGGCGUUUUUGAUAAAAAUCGCAAAUUUGAUAAAACCCUAACGGUGUCAAAAUACAAGGCAGAUCCGAUAAGCACAUGCUACACAGUGGUUUGCCUACUUGAAAGAGCUCUAAAGUUUUAA